UACCGCAGACUCCAUUCGUCAACAGAAGAGUCGCCUGUGGAGAUAAACACGUCAUCGUGAAUCUUCUGGAUAGAAAGGACCUUGUUUCUGUUUUGAGCUCAGAGCCGCCGUGUUUUCUGUAACUUCAACAAACACAGUGAGCGACCAGCGGCGGCAAUGGACGACGACGUGGUGAUAGAAGACGUGGAUGAUGCCAACGUUCCCCAGCGGAUCCCCCUGAAGAACCAGGACCUGGGUCAGCUGGGCUUCACAGCAGCGGAGUUCCUGUCCCUGUACGGCUGGUACCUGCUGGCUGCUGCCUUCACGCUCAUCCUGCUCAUCCAGCAGCUGAAGAAGAGGAGAUCCGCUCAGCAGGAGGCCGUCCCUCACACUCUGCUAGAUGCGUCUCUCGUGACGAAAAGGCAGGAGGCCAUGGAGGCCGCUCGACAGAGGAUGCAGGAGGAGCUGGACGCCAAAGCCGCCAUCUUUAAAGAGAAGCAGAGACAGCUAGAGGAGGAGAAGAGGAGGCAGAAGAUCGAGGACUGGGAGAGCAUGACGCAGGGGAGGAGCAGCAAAGGACACAAGCUGUCAGAGGGCAGCGAGGAGGCCGGCUCAUCCACCGCCGUCCCCAAGCCGAAGCGCAGUAACGACUACAACCCUCUGAUGGGACAGGGAGGCUCCUGCACCUUCAGACCAGGGAGAAGGGGACCCUCGGCUGGGGGAUGAGGCUAAAUCCUGGAGGUGUAAACCACCUCCGGUGUAACGAACUCACCGACUGCUUGGACCAAGCUGCCAAUCAACCAGAGCCCAUGCUUUUAGAUCCCCAGUUAGGGAAGUAAUUACACCCAUUAAUGAUGUCACACAGAGAGACAAACUUCAGAGGACAGGAACUCUAGGAGGACAAUAUUCCUGUCGGGCCCGCAGGAGGGGCCUCGGCACCAUUAACUUCACUAUUAAAAGAAAAUAAGAGAUUAUUUUUUAGCAUCCGCCUUUAAAAAUGUCCUCCUUUUGUCACCUCAUCCUCCUGCUUUGGAUCCUAAACAUUUAAUGCACUUAAGUAUUUUUUUAGGAGGAGAAAUUAGAUUAUGUUACAUAAAAAUAAUUUCAAAUUUUAAUGGGUGUACUUACUUACCAGAGUUUUUAUUUUUCAUUUAUUAAUGUUUCUUACCUCUUCUGUUCAGAUACGAGUUAAAUGUUGGUUCCACUUUACGAUAAGGAUCCCUUCUAGAAGAUAAUAAAUAGUAGAUAGAAUCUGUGAAUGCUUUAUUAUGCAUUAAUUAAAGGUAAGCAAGAGACCAAACUGAUGGUUUUAAUGCCAAAUAUUGAACCUAAGCUGUUCAAGAUUUCAGAAUGAAGUUACUGACCCUUAAAGGCUUUUGUAAAAAUUAUUUUUAGCAUGAAUGAAAUGUUGAAUGAGUGAUAAACGGUUAUUUAUUAGCAUCUAUAGGGAGCAUCGUUUAUUAAAGUGGUACCAAUAAAUUAGCGGCUAACGGCUCUGUGAAAUUGAAAGCUUGACAUGAAGCCUUUCCUAGAAAUGGUCCCGACCACGAGGUCUGGCUGAUCAGUCCUCAGUCAGUGAGCUUUUUUAAUGGCUCUCUGUUUAUUCAUGAAGGCUUGGAGUUAAAAUCUCAGUGAAAUUUCUUUACAUUCUGUCUGUAUGUUUCAAAACAAACUACUAUUAAAAUGGGAUGACUUUG